AUUAGUAAAACAUCUUACAUAAUAUGCAUAAUAUGCAUAAUAUGCAUCUCUCAUAAUUUGCACUUUUAUUUAUUUUUUAACUUUGUUCUGUCGAUUAAUUAAUUCGUUUCUUUUCGUCAACUUUUUUUUAGGUGGCUACUGGAAGAGUCAGUGUAGCUGCGUAGCCACGAUGUCUCGGCCAAUGGGUAACACAGAACAUGACAAAGAUAAUUUGUCUUGUUUUUACAUUUGAAUUUUCGCUUUUAUAGAACUUGUAUUUCUAGCUUGUAUUUCUACCCUUUGGCCCAAACGUGCCCAAACGUGGAUGUGGCAUACCACAAAACGAUUUUAUUGACAGUGUCAAAAAGUGGACGUAGUACGUAGUUCUAUAUCCACGUUUGGCGCUGAUACCAGCUGAUAUACUACAUCUACACUUCGGUCGCACCAAAAAGGCCAUGGUGGCUGCUCUCAGGCUUCUCUCUGCUCAAAGAAUAGGUGUGUGCCUGUAGGGUGCUGUAGGGUUACGAUCGUGGGUUCUCGAUCGCAACAAAGUCGCGUGGACAUUCCAAUUUCAUAUUAUGGAGCCGUAUGAUGUGAUUGUCAAUCAACCGGUGGUUAUCGACAAUGGAUCUGGCGUAAUCAAAGCGGGAUUUGCAGGUGAUCAGAUACCUAAAUGCAGAUUUCCGAAUUACAUUGGGAGGCCAAAACAUGUACGUGUUAUGGCUGGUGCUUUGGAGGGAGAUCUGUUUGUGGGUCCAAUAGCAGAGGAACAUCGUGGCCUUUUAUCUCUUCGAUAUCCAAUGGAACAUGGUGUAGUCACAGAUUGGAACGACAUGGAGCGUAUCUGGUCUUACGUUUAUAGUAAAGAUCAGUUAGCUACGUUCAGUGAGGAGCAUCCAGUCUUGCUUACAGAGGCACCUUUAAACCCCAGAAAGAAUCGUGAGAAGGCAGCUGAAAUAUUUUUCGAAACAUUUAACGUCCCAGCUUUAUUUGUUUCCAUGCAAGCUGUACUUAGUUUAUAUGCGACAGGCAGAACCACGGGAGUAGUUCUAGAUGCUGGCGACGGUGUUACGCACGCUGUACCUAUUUACGAAGGUUUUGCUAUGCCUCAUAGUAUAAUGCGAGUUGAUAUAGCAGGACGUGACGUUACAAGACACCUUAGGCUACUUUUACGUAAGGAAGGUAUCAAUUUCAAGACCACGGCGGAAUUUGAAAUUGUUAGAACGAUUAAAGAGCGAGCGUGUUAUCUCGCCAGCAAUCCCCAAAAAGAAGAAACAAUAGAGACGGAGAAGUUUCAAUAUGUGUUACCUGACGGCAGUCACUUGGAGAUUGGUCCAGCACGAUUUAGAGCUCCUGAAGUGCUGUUUAGACCAGAUCUGAUAGGUGAGGAAUGCGAAGGCCUUCACGAAGUAUUAACGUAUUCUAUUCAAAAAUCUGAUUUGGACUUGAGAAAGGUUCUGUUCCAAAACAUCGUAUUGUCAGGAGGGUCGACAUUAUUCCGCGGUUUCGGUGACAGAUUAUUAUCGGAGAUUCGUAGAAUGUCGCCAAAAGACAUUAAAAUAAGGAUAUCUGCGCCUCAAGAACGAUUGUACAGUACUUGGAUUGGAGGUUCUAUUUUGGCUUCUCUAGACACCUUUAAAAAGAUGUGGGUGAGCAAGAGAGAAUUCGAUGAAGACGGUAUACGGGCUAUUCAUCGUAAAACAUUUUGAACUUAAUUUAAAGAAACUUUCAAAAAUGUUAUAUAACGAAUAAUUUGAUUGUAAUACGAAAUGAUGGCACACACACUCGGCACGAUAAUAAGAUGUAUUGCAGCAAGCAUAAUUCAUAAUUUUGGAUAACUCUUCUAAUUUCUAUCAUUAUUUUAAGAAGUCAUUACUUAGACAUUUCUAAUUAUAUUUUUUAAGGCUCACACGAUACAUAAUGCAAAAAUUGUUUCAACUUAUUUUCGCUUUAAUUGAUUAAUGUAACUAUUUUGAUAAAUAUAUAUGUAUACAUGGUUGUGUGAAUAUACAUAGAGACAUGAAUAUUUCUGCAAAGACUGUAUAACAUGGUAAAAGUAAAAAAAAGCUAGCACAUCUCACAAGACUACUUAAAAUGUAAAUAAUGUUUUUUCGAAUCAAAUGGAUUAAUUAUCAAUCAUAAAAUUCCGAAUUAUUUUAUAACUUAUUUAUUUAUAUUUAUAUAUUUAUGUUGUGGGCCCGUUCCUACAUUACACUCCUCUAUUACAAGAGAACAUACAUGAUCUUCACUUAUUAAGAGAGAGAGAGAGUGUUGUAUUUUGUCUUCAAUAUAGUGAAGUAUUCUGUAAUUUCUAUGUGCAGCAACAUUUAUCCAAAGUAUUUGUAAAUAUGUAUGCUUUCGUAAAGAAUAAAUCUAUAAUCUUUACAUAAACACACAUAAGUGCACGUGAUUAAAAUAUGAAUUUUUACAAUUACAUUGAGAGAUUUGUAGCUUUACACAAUUGAUUUUAAUAUACCUUUUAUCAUGCAUGAGCUAUAUUGAUUUUUACAUGUAUAUUAAAUGCUGAAGGAGAAUAUAAUCUUUGAUAUCUUUUAUUUAUAUGGUAUGCUUUAACUGUGAUAAGAAUAGGGAUUUAGUUAUCAGGAAAUUUAUCGCUUUUUCUUAUCGCUAUGUAACAAAAAAAGACGAUAUUUGAAAAUAAUAAGCAAUAAUUUAAUUAGAAUCAAUUCAGUCAUAUAAUAUCUGUUAGAAUUGUAUGUUACAUAUAUAUAAAUAUAUGCUUGCACUGUUCGAAGAAAAAGAUUAUCAAGAACAUCAGAAACUUAAUUGUUGACAAUUAUUUAACGUCACAUAUAAUGGAAAAAUACUCAAAAAUAAGAGAUGCUAUACAAGAAGUAUUUAGAAAAUGCGCGCCUGAAUCAAUAUAUUAUUUAAAAGACAAUUUGUAAAGGCAUCUACAUUAAAAUUAGUGUUAACAAAUGUUUAUACCAUUUUUAAUUAUUUAACAAAUGUAUUUUUGUUUAAAUAAACAAUUGUAAGAUAUACACUUAUA